AUGGGAUUUGUAAAAGCAGAGGAAUUUAUAAAUCAUUAUAUGAGAGUAAAUAAGGAAAUUAAGGAAUUAUCAAAUAGAAAAAAUGAAGAAUUUAAAUUUAAUAUUUUCAUUUUUUAUUAUAACAAUAUAGAUUCUUUAUGUACUGAACAUAUUUUGCACUUUCAUAAAAACUUGAAAAGAGAUAUUAAUAUAUUUAGUUAUGGAGUAGAAAAAAAAGAAGAUAUAAUAAAUUUUUUUAAAAAGUAUGAUGAUAUAUAUUCAAAAAAUAAAGAAUAUUACAGAGAUUAUUUUUUUGAAGUGAUAUUAAUAGGAAUUUGUUCUCAUAUAAAUACUGACACAACAAUUUAUGAGCAUAUUGAGAAUUUUUUUAGUAAAAUUUUAAGUAAGAAUUAUUUAGCUUAUUUAAAGUUUUUUGUUAUAGAUAAUAAAAGACCUUUUAAUGAAAUUUUUGAAAAUAAUGAUAAAUGGGAAUUAGUACUUAGUGAAAAUGAACUAAAUGAAAUAAUGAAAAUAUAUAAUAGUAAUAAAGACAAACAAAAUUAUUAUUCAAAUAUUUAUGAACAUUAUAGUAUAAUAAAAGAAGAAUAUAAAUGUUUAUGCUUAAUGAUAUAUCCUUUUAUACAAUGUGUAAGCGAAGAUGACUCAUCAGCAAUAAUUUUUAUUUCAAGCAUUUCCCUAAUAUCUUAUUUAAAAACAGAUCAAAUAACUUACGAAUAUUAUAAUAAAGAAAUAAAAAAUUUGCAUAAUGAUUCAUUAAAUAUUUCUAGUGGUCAUUUUAUGUGUUUUGAAUCUGAAAGAGGAUUAUUACCUAUGUUAUCUUUCAUUUCCUUAAACGAAUCUUUAGAAAUUGAUGAAAGAAUAUAUAUAUACGAUCAUAAAAAUAUUAAAAAUACAUUUAAUCAAAUUAGAACUAUGUGCCAUAUUGAAAUAAAAGAGUUUACUGGAAACUUUAGACAACUUGAUCUGAAAAAACAAAAUGAAAUUUUAGUAAAAUUAAAAAACUUUAUAAAAAUAAUAAAACCUAUGAAUACAUUGGGGUGGAAGAGAAGAACAUAUGUAUUAUACAAUAAUGACAGUUUUUAUUUUUUAAUUAUCCUUAUUUAUAUUUAUAUAAAUAGAGCUAAAAAAAUGGAUACUUAUCUCUAUAAUUGUUUGAAAACCUCUGAUUUUUUGCAUAAUAUUUUUAAAGAUAGAUUAAAACAAUCAGAGAUUUAUGAUAAAUUAAUUGAAAAACAUUUACAUAGAAAUGCAGCAAGUUAUUUAAGUAUAUUAAUUAAAAAAAUCAUUGAAAGUAAUAAAAAAUCUAUUUCUAUAACUCCCAAUUUAAAAAUUUUCUUGGAUAUAUUUCAAACACCAAAAAACUCUUAUUGUCAUCCUUUUGAAUUAAAAUUUAUUUCUAAUAUGUUUUCUUCAUUCCAAUCCUACUGUAACGAUAAAUAUAAAACGUAUCACCUAAUCGUUUGUCAUAUUAUUGAUUCAGAUGAAACAAUUCUAUAUGGCUUCACACCUUUAAACAAAAAGGAUUACUGGCCUUCAAUUUUUUCAAAAAUUGUAUAUACAAAUUCAGAGCAUAUCAUAUAUGACACACUAUUUGAUGUUAAUACAAUAAAAAUAAGAAAAAAUGAUUUUAAAUUUAUAUUGGACGAAAUAAAAGAAGUAUUCAGAGGAAUGGUUAAGCAUGAUCAUAAAAAAGAAUUAAAUGAAAAUAUUAGUAGUGAAGAAGAAUUUUUUGAAGAAGAAGAAGCUGAAAUAGAAGAAGAUGAUAGAGAAGAAGAAUUUUUUGGUGAUGAACAAAUAAAUGAACUUGAUGAAGAGAAAAAUUCAAUAAAUGAUGAAAUAAAUGAGUAA